CGGGGCGCGGUUGCCAUGGAGACCGGCCUGCCCCGGCCCGCCUGGCUGUGCCUCUGUUGGGCCCUGCGCCUGGCGGCGGGGGGCGCCCCCCCCAACCUGCUCCUGAUGCUCAUGGAUGACAUGGGCUGGGGCGAUUUGGGAGCAUUUGGAGAGCCUUCUGAAGAAACCCCUAAUUUAGACCAGAUGGCUGCAGAAGGGAUGCUCUUCCCAAAUUUCUACACUGCUAACCCUCUGUGCUCCCCAUCCAGGGCAGCUCUGUUGACUGGCCGCCUCCCUAUCAGGAAUGGCUUCUACACCACAAAUGCACAUGCUAGAAAUGCCUACACACCACAGGAAAUAGUAGGGGGAAUCCCAGAUUCUGAGCUACUGCUUCCAGAGCUGCUGAAGAAAGCAGGAUAUGUCAAUAAGAUCAUUGGCAAAUGGCAUUUGGGUCACAGACCCCAAUUCCACCCUCUGAAGCAUGGGUUUGAUGAGUGGUUUGGGUCCCCGAACUGCCAUUUUGGACCGUACAAUAACAAGGACUUCCCAAACCUCCCUGUGUAUAGGGACCAGGAAAUGAUUGGCAGAUAUUACGAAGAUUUCAAAAUUGAUCUGAAGACAGGGGAGGCGAACUUAACUCAGACCUACUUAAAGGAAGCUCUUGAUUUUAUUAACAGGCAGCAAGCCAGUCAGCAGCCUUUCUUUCUGUACUGGGCAAUUGAUGCCACUCAUGCGCCUGUGUAUGCCUCCAAAGAUUUCUUGGGCACUAGCCGGAGAGGGCUGUAUGGAGAUGCUGUGCGAGAAAUUGAUGACAGCAUUGGAAAAAUCCUAAAACACCUUCAGAAGCUGGGCAUCAGCAAGAACACGUUUGUGUUUUUCACGUCUGAUAAUGGGGCUGCCCUAAUUUCGGCUCCUACACAGGGGGGUAGCAAUGGGCCUUUUCUAUGCGGAAAACAGACAACGUUUGAAGGUGGCAUGAGAGAGCCAGCUAUUGCAUGGUGGCCUGGCCGUAUACCUGCAGGACAGGUGAGUCAUCAGCUGGGUAGCGUGAUGGAUCUCUUCACCACCAGCCUCUUGCUGGCAGGAUUGCAGCCUCCCGAUGACAGACAGAUUGACGGCAUUGACCUUCUACCUGCUGUCCUGCAGGGCAAGCUAAUUGACAGGCCGAUAUUCUAUUACCGUGGCAACGAGAUGAUGGCAGUAAGAGUUGGGCUUUACAAGGCUCACUACUGGACUUGGAGCAACUCCUGGGAGGAGUACAGUAAGGGCAUCGAUUUUUGUCCUGGACAAAACAUCUCAGGAGUGACAACGCAUACUCAAGAGGAACACACCCUUCUGCCACUGCUUUUCCAUUUGGGGAGGGACCCUGGGGAGAAGUAUCCAGUACGGUUUGCCAGCCCUGAGUACGAAGCAGUUAUGAAACGAAUAUCCCCCAUCGUUGACCAGCACAAGGCGACCUUGGUGCCAGGAGAACCACAGCUGAACGUAUGCGACAGGGCCAUCAUGAAUUGGGCCCCUCCAGGCUGUGAGAAGCUGGGAAAGUGCUUGAAAUCUCCCACUUCCAACCCUACCAAGUGCUUCUGGCCGCACUGAUAUUUGCUCCAGGGCACCAGAUCUGGUCAAGAUGUGAAACGAACUGAGGUCACGGUUCAUGGCACCUGUCUUCCCGUAUUGACACUCGUGUGUUUGUGCCUUGGAAAGGAGCGAUGUCAGAUAUCAUCGUUUGCUCCUCCAAAAGGAUCAGUGUUACAGCCUCACUUCUCAGGGCAAUAGCAAUUCUCUUCUGUUGUUUGAUUAGGCCUCCCUCUUAGCAGAUGAAAUGACAUGUUGCUGCAACCCAUAGCACGUUGUCAGUAAUGGGUUUGUUUUAAAUGAUGCAAGAGGCAGUUUCUCCCCAAUUACAGUUCUCCCCUUACCUCAGAGAUAAAGCAGACGGUCUCUUGUCUUGCUGCUUUCUCUCCCUGUUCUCUUGAGAACUCUUCAUAGAGAUGCCCUGAAGUACAAAGACCCAGAGGAGGAGCACAUAGAUAAAAGGUGUCAAUUUUGCUUUGA